ACUAACGAGGUAUGACAUGGAGUUGGUAACAAAGUGGUUAACACAAAGUUUGACACGAUCUUUCUUGCCUCACUCUCUCCACCCACGUGUCAGCUGAUGGUCUUUCACUGGCUGCCACAAGCACUCUACUCACUGUCUAUCUAUCUCAUCUCGCUUCUCAGUGUCUCUGGUGUGGAAUGUGCAGUAGUAUGUAGCUUACAUUGGCAGGAUGGAUUUCAAAUCAGAACUGCUCAAGUCCAUUUGGUAUGCCUUCACAGCUUUGGAUGUGGAGAAAAACGGAAAGGUGUCCAAAUCACAGUUAAAGGUGUUAUCCCACAAUCUGUACACAGCCCUGCAUAUCCCCCACGAUCCUGUGGCGCUGGAGGAACACUUCCAGGAUAAUGACGAUGGGCCGGUCUCCAAUGAGGGAUACAUGCCCUACCUCAACAAAUACAUCCUGGCCAAGGCAAAUGAUGGGACCUUCGAUAAAGAGACAUUCGAUGACCUUUGCUGGAUGAUGACAGCUAAGAAGAACUACAAGCCAGGCAUGGAGGCUGGCCUGUGCUCCCGGAAAGAUGCUUUUAAACUGUGGUGUCUUUUUAACAUGUUAUCAGAAGACAGGUAUCCCCUUGUCAUGAUACCUGAAGAGGUUGAGUACUUGCUGAAGAAGAUCGCUUCAGCCAUGAGCUUGGAGUGGGAGCGGAAUGGGCUGGAUGACUGCUACUGCCAGGACCCAACGCUACUGGACGGAAUGACGGUCUGGACAUUUCUGGAACUCAUGGGCUCUGGGAGGCUCCUGAAAAGUGAGGGCACAGGGGCGGUGAGCCUGGCUGUGGAUGAAGUCUUCCAGGAAAUGUACCACGAUGUGCUGAAGAAGGGCUACAUGUGGAAGAAGGGGCUGGUGCGCAGGAACUGGAAUGAGCGCUGGUUCGUGCUGAAGCCCUCUGUCAUCCAGUACUAUGUCAGUGAGGACCUGAAGGAGAAGAAAGGAGAGAUCCUGCUGGACAAAAGAUGCGUUACGGAGGCUAUUCAGGAUAAGGAAGGCCGACGCUGCCUUUUCUGCAUAAAAACAGCCAACAGGACAUUCGAGAUUAGUGCGUCCGACCUGAAGCACCGUCUGGAGUGGAUGCAAGCAAUCCAAACAGCCAUUCGUCUCCUAGCCGAGGGCAAGAGGUCUCUACACAAGGAGCUGAAGCUGCGCCGGCGGGAGAACAGAGAGCAGAGCUCGAAGCAGCAGACACUCCAGGGCCUGCAGGAGGAGAAGAGGCAGGAGAGGCAGAUCCAGGAGAGGGAGCAGCUGGAGGCUGAGGCUCUCCAUAAAGAGGAGGAGGAGAGGGAGCAGCAGCAGCACAUGCAGCGAGCCCUGGAGAGGCAGCUCAGAGAGGCAGAGAAGGCUCGAGCUAACAUGGAAACAGAGAUUGCUCAGAAGGAGGCCGAAUCAGAGAAGCAGCGACUGCGAAUCCGGGAGCUGGAAAUGAUCCAGAAGGCCUUGGAGAAAGCGCUGGAGGCAGAGAUCCUGGCGAGAGUGGAGGAGGAGCGGGCCAGGGUCAGACAGGCCAGUUUGCUGGAGGAGGAAGAAGACAAGCUGAAGCAACUGAGCCGUCUGAAGCAGGAGCAGGAGGCUCUGUUACAGCAGACCCAGCAGGAGAAGCAUGAGAUACUGCAGGACAUGACAGAGAAGGCCCAGGCCUUAAAGGUGGCCAGCCUUGAGCUGGAGAAGCUGCAGGAGUCCAGGCAGAAGAGCAACCAGUUCCUGGAGGAAGCAAAGAAGAAGCUGUGCAGAGCCAGCUGCCACGUGAAACACUGGAACGUGCAGCUGAACCGUCUGAUGAAGCCCAUCUCUCCAGGAGGUCAUGUGGGACAUGAUCAGCCUGCAUUGAACACAGAGCUGCCAGUCCACCAAAGAGGGGCUUUCGCUAGCAACGAGUUCAUUGUCAAGAAGCAACUCUGUAACACUGAUCGCAGGCUGCCUGGAGCGCACAUUCCAAACAGCCAAUCCGUGUGGCCGUCCCGGCUGUAUUCUGAGGGGGAGGAGGAGGAGGAGGAGGAGGAGGAGGAGGAGGUUCAGGAGCAGCUGAGGAAGGUCUCUCUCACGGAAACCGACAGCAAAAGAUGUGAAACCAACAGGUCCAGUCAUUAGACAGGAGGAAAUUCAAACUUGAGACACUGCAGAAGCAGAUCUGUAGAGUGAUUUCUUCAAGACCAGUGCCACACUAACUGUAUUUGACCUCCAGGCCUAUUGAUAAGAGCAAAACCAGCAGAAUCACAGCUUCUGCUGGUUUAAAAAUAAGACAGACACCUUGAUUUAUUUUUUAGCAUGGAACGUUACUUUAACUGUGGCAUUUGGUAAACGGUUUAUAUGGACUGCUGUAUUUGGUAAUGUUGUUUCUAUUUUUUUUAUUAAAUACAAUUAGCUGCC